AUGCGCAUGGACCUCCUCCUCAGCGCCGAUUACCCCGCCGGCUCCCGUUUCUCCUCCCUACCUCUUCCCCACACCAUCCUCCAUCCUUACAUUCAUCCCGAUUCGAAAGCUACAUCACACAUCAUGUCUGCCGAAGCCAAGUUCAACAAGGCCGUCUCCAUCGUCGGUUCGCUCCCCAAGGAUGGACCUGUUCAGCCUACCCAGGAUGACCAGCUCAAGUUCUACGGCUACUACAAGCAGGCCACCAUUGGUGAUGUCAACACCAAGAAGCCCGGCAUGUUUGACUUGACCGGAAAGUACAAGUGGGAGGCUUGGAACAAGAACCAGGGCAUGUCCAAGGAGGACGCCCAGAAGGCGUACGUCGAGGCCCUUCUUGCGAUCCUCAAGAAGCACGAAGGAGAGGGUGACUCUUCCGACUACAUCCAGCAGAUCGAGAGCGCUUAA